UGGCGCUUGUUCCUCUUUUCAGAUGCGCACAGCGCAAACUUCCUCCUACAGGUCCAGUGCGCAGCGUUCCGUCGCCCCGUCCACAUCUUAACCCCUAACCAGAAGAGAAAGAAGCGGCUUUGCACGGGGAUGGAAGCUACAUGAAAGAAAUGAGGAAUAAUACCGCCACAGUCAGACGAAUCUAGAAGAUAACACACAUCCAGAGAAAUUAAGAGUCCGAGUGAUUGGUUGGUUGAAGAGCGAAGGCACCAUGGGCUGUGUGGGCUCAAAGAAGGAGCAGGAGCCUCUCAGCAAAGGGACGGGUAACGAUGAGCUGCAGAACCGCGCACAGACGGCCCACUAUGUCAAAGACCCCACCACAGGAAACUCAGGAAGCAAAGCUAGCAAAAUGCCAUCCAAUGCAAACGCAUCAGACGGAGAGACUAUUGCCAUGGCACUGUACGACUACGAGGCCAUUCAUGACGGAGACCUCGGCUUCAAGAAGGGAGAUAAGCUCAGAAUCUUAGAGGAAUCAGGGGAGUGGUGGAGAGCUAUGUUAAUCAGCACUGGUCAGGACGGCUACAUCCCCAGUAAUUAUGUGGCCAAAGAUACUCUGGAGGCCGAGGAGUGGUUCUUUAAGGGCGUGAGCAGGAAAGAUGCCGAGAGGCAGCUGUUGGCCCCUGGGAACAAAAUAGGAUCCUUCAUGAUCCGAGACAGUGAGACCACCAAGGGCAGCUACUCUCUGUCUGUCAGGGACAGCGACGCACAGGCCGCUGACACAGUUAAACAUUAUAAGAUCCGCACGCUGGACAAUGGAGGAUUCUACAUCUCUCCCCGCAUCACCUUCGGUACCCUGCUGGACCUGGUCAGCCAUUACAAGAAGCAGGGAGAUGGCCUCUGCCAAACCCUGACCAGCCCGUGCCUGAGCCCAAAACCUGAGAAGCCCUGGGAGAAAGAUGCCUGGGAAAUCCCGAGAUCAUCCCUCAAACUGGAAAAGAGGCUUGGUGCUGGCCAGUUUGGAGAAGUCUGGAUGGCUACGUACAAUAAGCAUACCAAGGUGGCAGUGAAGACCAUGAAGCCUGGCAGCAUGUCAGUGGAGGCCUUCAUGAUGGAGGCCAACCUGAUGAAGACGCUGCAGCACGACAAACUGGUCCGACUGAAUGCUGUUGUCAGCAAGGAGGAACCUAUCUAUAUCAUCACGGAGUACAUGGAGAAGGGUAGUUUAUUAGACUUCUUAAAGAGUGAUGAGGGCAACCGUGUCCAGCUCCCCAAGCUCAUCGACUUCUCUGCCCAGAUCGCAGAGGGCAUGGCCUACAUUGAGCAGAGGAACUACAUCCACAGAGACCUGAGAGCUGCCAACAUCCUGGUCAAUAAGGCUUUAGUGUGCAAAAUCGCUGACUUCGGUCUCGCUCGUAUCAUUGAGGACAACGAGUACACAGCCAGGGAAGGAGCCAAAUUCCCCAUCAAAUGGACAGCCCCUGAGGCCAUCAACUACGGCUCUUUCACCAUCAAAUCUGACGUCUGGUCUUUCGGCAUCUUGCUGACUGAGAUUAUCAGCUAUGGACGCACACCUUACCCAGGGAUGACCAACCCAGAAGUGAUACGUUCCCUGGAAAAGGGCUACCGGAUGCAGCGCCUGGACAGCUGUCCCACCGAACUCUAUGAAAUCAUGCUGGAGUGUUGGAAGAACAAGCCUGAGGACCGUCCCACCUUUGAAUACCUGCAGAGCGUCCUGGAGGAUUUCUACACAGCCACAGAGAGCCAGUACCAGCAGCAGCCCUGAGACUGAACAUCCACAGACAUGUUUUCUGUUACAAUAUUGUUCCAUUCAUACUUUGCAUUCAGUCCAGUUUCUACAUGCAGCAGUGCAGUUCAGAGAGUGCUCUAAACUGCACUGCUACGGUCUCUCUUUCUCCUUCACAUUCACACACACAUAAUAUAUACUAACAAGGGACUGUACAAAAAUUACUGGGGAGGGUUGGGCCCCCUCCCUUUGAAUUAGAACUUUUUGGAGUAGAGACCAUAUUACAGAGACAGUGGAGACCACAGUGGAGAGCAAACUAUAAAUACAAUAUACACAUCGAAUAUUAUUGAUAUUAUUAAUAUUUUGACAACACAAUCCUACCUCAUACUUAGGUCAGGGCCACAGCACAAUAGAUACUGUAAGAUGAUGUUUGGUCAUCGGCUAAUAUGGCCACAGCUACAUUAUCCUCACAAAACUGACCAUUAAUCAUCUGGCAUUCUUAUAAAUCAGUAGUGAUUAGUUAAGACAGAUAUAUGUGUUUGUUACUUAUGUAGUCUCAAAUAUAAAAAGUGACCCACAAAAUAAUGCUUAACAUAAUUUAUUUUUUACUUUUGCUGCACUCAGUUUUGUUUUACUACUGAUUGCACACAUAAUGUGGAUCACUGUAUUGUGAGAUAAAGCUGCACAUCAUUAUGCACAGAAAACAUGUGGCCUGACAUUUAGUACACAUGCUCUAUCUAGAUAUAAUUGUGGGUAACAGGUCAUUUGCAUUACUGAGCUUUGCAGAUGAGAGGUGGGUUGUAAAACGGGACUCGUGCAGGACUCUUCUCUAGACGUAUAAGUGAAAAUAACAAAUGUGCUUGAUUAAGCCCUGCCAGUGCACAGGCAAAGACAGCACAACUGAGAUACAGUACUUUUCCAAGGGAAGGCUGAAAUAAAACCGAUUUUGUGGAAAAAAGCAGGUCCCACUAUGCCGUAUAAUAUUCUGACUACUUAUUCAUGAAGAAAAAACAAAAGCCAAUUAGCUCUCCCAUUUUUCUGCUCUCACCCGCUGUAUAAUUUUUGUACAGUCCCUAACACUCCAACACCUUUGAAGGUAUGUCUACAUAACAUUUACAGUAUGUAGAAGGCCAAAGUGUCCAGUAUAUGUUAUUGUAAAAGCAUGACUAUCUCACACAACAAAUAUUAUAUUACACUGUACAAAGAUUCAUGGCCACAUUCACAAACACACAACUGACGGCCUGAAAGAAGUGACAGUAAAAGGAUUUUUAGCUGUUAAGCUCCAGCACACAAUUUGCAUCCAUCAAAAGGAAGGUAUAACCACAACACACAUGUUCACAGUGAAAUAUCUGCAGUGUUCAGCUCCAAUAAUACUGUGUUGAUAUCAAAGGUUUGGCAAACAAAACUGUUAAAUGUACAGUGUUUUACAAUAUAAAGGGAGAGUGGGUACUGUGGAUGAUACAAAGUACAAGACAAAUGGCUGAUUAGGCUUAAAUGCUUAAAUCCUCUAUUUAUGUUCUAUUGAUAUUUUUCCAUUACGCUGUGGAUUGUUUCAGCAUUACUCAUCUAUAGUGCCUUUUGCAGUGGUUGUUUGAUUUUCAGACUAAACAGUUAUAUAUUCCAUAUGGUCUGAUAAACAUAAAAGUAUAUAAAUGCAAGUAUUUAGGAAUAGUGUCUUUAGUGUGGAGCCACAUUAACGAAUAAUGCUUGUUGAUUAUUUUCACCCAUUAUAUGUUAGGUUAAAUGUUAAUAUAUACAAGGGGUGUAAUGAUUCUUCAAAUCCAGUUCGGUUGAGACCUUGUCUUCUUUUUUUUCUGGGGGGGGGGGGGG